UAUAGAGGGACAAUUGAGAUCUUUAAUAUUCAGUGAUUUCCCAUGAAUUUAAUGGAAAAUCCAUUGAAAGCUUCAACUAAGAUGUGCUUGCUUCUUUUCUACUCUUCUUUGCUGCUCAUCAUCGCAGCGGUAUUCUCCACAGCUGAUGACGCCACAAGCACAUUUCAGUCCAUUGCAGAUGGUCAGACCAUAGUCUCAGAUGGUGGCACCUUUGAGCUUGGUUUUUUCAGUCCCGGUGCUUUGAAAAACCGCUACGUUGGGAUAUGGUACAAGAAGAUAUCUGUUACAACCAUUGUAUGGGUUGCCAACAGAGACACACCCCUCACUGAUUCAUCCGGCGUUCUGAAGGUCACCAACCCCGGACGUCUUGUCCUUCUCAGCCACAAUAUGAGCACAGUUUGGUCCUCCAACACAUCGAGAACUGCACAGAAUCCAGUGGCACGUCUUUUGGAUUCGGGUAAUCUUGUCGUCAUGGAUGGGAGUGAUGUUGACCCUGAGAAUUAUCUGUGGCAAAGUUUUGACUACCCUGGCGAUACAUUCUUACCAGGUGCAAAGCUUGGUAGGAACACAGUUACAGGCUUCAAUUGGCAUUUUAGAUCAUGGAAAAGUCCUCAGGAUCCUUCUCAUGGAAAUUAUACAUAUCAACUUGGUCCCAAAGGAUAUGCAGAAAAAUUUGUGAGGGAAGGUUCAGUCAUAAAAUUUCGGUCUGGACCAUGGACUGGAGUCCAUUUCCAGUUCAGUGGAACGCCUCAGCUAAAUACAAGCCCCAUAUAUACAUACAGUCUUGUUUCUGAGCCUGAUGAAAUUUACUAUAGUUACAAGCUUCACAACAACUCAAUCCUUUCUAGGGUGGUGUUAACUUCAGAUGGAAUUGUGCGGCGCUACACGUGGAUUGAUAGAACCAAAGGUUGGCUGCUUCAACUAAUAGCACAAAUUGAUAACUGUGACAACUAUGCAUUAUGUGGUGUAUAUGGUGCAUGUAACAUUGAAAAGGCCCCGGUAUGUAGCUGCUUGAAAGGAUUUAAACCAAAGUAUCCUAAAGAAUGGGAUUUGGUGGAUUGGUCUAAUGGCUGUGUGAGAAAUGCUCCGCUGAAUUGCAGUGGAGACGUGUUCAAACAGUACUCGGGGAUCAAAUUGCCUAGCACAGAACAGUCCUGGCAUAACAUAAGCAUGAACCUCAAGGAAUGUGAGAUGGUGUGCGCAAAGAACUGCUCCUGCACAGCUUAUACAAAUUUGGAUUUCCGGGAUGGAGGAAGCGGGUGCUUGAUGUGGUACGGUGAUCUGAUUGAUAUAAGAUACUUCGCUGAAAACGGGCAAGACAUUUAUAUAAGAAUGGCCGCUUCAGAACUAGGUAUGGAAAAAACACCUGAUCAUGAAGACGAUACAAAGAUCAACGCUCAAUACUCUGAAUCCAAUGUGAAGAAAAUGAGGAUCAUAGUAACCAGUACUGUGUUGUCUACUGGACUGCUGAUCCUGGGCCUUGCCCUGCUCUAUGCUUGGAAGAAGAAGCGCCAAAAAGAUGGUAAGCUAUUUAACUUUCUACUCUUCUGCUCCUCAGUUUUCUAAGCUAGGUCCAACCAAAAGGAAGACCUAGAGUUACCAUUAUUUGACUUAAGUGAUGUCGUUUGUGCUACUAGUGAUUUUUCAAACCACAAUAAGCUUGGAGAAGGUGGUUUCGGAUCUGGUACAUUGAAAGAUGGACAAGAAAUAGCUGUGAAAAGGCUCUCCAAACAUUCGAGACAAGGACUCAAUGAGUUAAAGAAUGAGGUUACACAUAUUGCCAAACUUCAGCACCGGAAUCUAGUGAAGCUUCUAGGAUGCUGCAUUCAAGAAGACGAGAUGAUGCUGAUCUACGAGUUCAUGCCUAACAAAAGCUUAGACUUCUUUAUUUUCGAUCAAAGAAAAAGCACCUUACUAGAUUGGCCUAAACGUUUUGAAAUUAUUAAUGGGAUUGCUCGGGGGCUCCUCUACCUUCAUCAAGAUUCUAGAUUGAGAGUAAUUCAUCGAGAUCUCAAAGCCGGUAACAUUCUAUUGGAUGGUGAGUUUAAUGCAAAAAUUUCAGACUUUGGCCUGGCAAGAAGUUUUGGAGGAAAUGAAACUAGGGCUAAGACGAAGAAAGUGGUUGGAACAUAUGGUUACAUGUCCCCAGAAUACGCUAUCGAUGGGUGCUACUCGAUAAAAUCCGACGUCUAUAGCUUUGGUGUUAUGGUGCUCGAGAUAGUGAAUGGGAAGAGGAACAGAGGAUUUUCUCAUCCAAGCCACAACCUCAACCUGCUAGGACAUGCAUGGAAUUUAUACACAGAAGGCAUGUCCAUUGAGCUGCUUGAUACAUCAGUAGGAGACUCCAGUAAUCAACACGAAGUUCUGCGAUCCAUCCACGUGGGUCUUUUAUGCGUGCAACGAAAUCCGGCAGAUAGGCCAAGUAUGCCAGCUGCAGUUCUGAUGUUGAGUGGUGAAAGUGCAUUGCCUCAACCUCAAAAACCUGGUUUUUAUAGUGAAAGGGUUCUAGAUGACAACAAUGUUGAUCCUUGUGCAAACGAGGCUACAUUUUCAGCUAAUGACGUCAGUUAUUCACUACUCGAGGCUCGAUAGUUAUUAUUCAUGUUCUGUUUGUAUCAUCUUAAAAUGUCCUAUUAAUUUGAGUUUCUUGAGUAUUCUCUGAUCAUACAACUUCUUGCUUUACAUAAGCUUUACUCUGAUAUA